CUUCACGGGAGCAGUCCUGAAGAAGAUCGCCGUCAAGCAUUGAGGGAGGAGCCUCCCAUCGCCGCCACCUUUUUCCAGCUUGUGCCCAUUAACUUCCUUCCAGGGAUUACGCUAAUAUCAAUUAAGAAGCAUGAGAAACGCAACGAAAAUGGCGUCUUUGGAUCCAGAGAUUGCAAAGACGCAGGAAGAGCGCAAGAAGAAGGAGCAGCAACUCGCAUCCCUCAUUUCUCUCACCUUCGACACUGACCUCUAUGGCGGUUCCGACAAGGGCUCCUACCUCACCUCAAUCCCUGCCAACGAAGAUGAAGAGAAUAUCGAUGCCAUGGAUAACGAGGUUGCUCGCAAGGUUGCCUCCUAUACUGUCCCCAAAUCUCUGCUCAAGGAGAUGCCCGGUGGUGAUGACAGCGACGCCGGAUUGGGGUUCGGGAAGCUGCAGAAGAUUACCGACAGGGAGGGUGAGUACCGCCAAAGGAGGCUCAAGCAGCUCAUCGGAGCGCCACGAUCCCUUCUCUGAAGAGGGAGAAGGAGGAGACCUUGAAGGCCAUUGCUAAGAAGAAGAAGGAAGAGGAAGAGGCUGCUAAGUGAGAGAGUGCUACUCAUUAGCAAGUGCUUGUUUGCGUCCAUUGAUUAAGAUAUCACCUGUCUGUUUUGCUUUUGAAUCCAAGUAUUUACUUAUAGCUUAAAAUUAUUUCGUUGUUAUCAGUUUUUCCCAAUAUUUUCUUCUCCUCAAUCUUGCACUGUAAUACUGGAGCAGCAGUAUUUUAGGGAUGAAACUUUUGCUUAAAUUAUUUGUAAACCCAGGUAAAUUGAAACAGUUUCAUUUCAUAAAUGAUGUUGGAACUUAGAUUAUUCUCUUUA